CGUGAUCGCACACGAGGGCAGCGCAGUAAUCGCUAAUGAUCAAGGCCUGGGCGUCUGUGGAAGGUGCCGGACACGGUAAAGAAAGAAAUAAACAGCAGAAAGUGGGAGCGAAAUGGCUUUUACAAGUAAAUGUGCAGGUGGGAAUCUCAAUGAUUGUAACACCAAACUCUGACAGAAUUAUUCAGUUCAUCAGGACCUGGAUAUUCGCAUUGAGUGGUGACGAGAACUGGACAGGGUACUCCAGAAGAGGCCUCACCAACAUUCUGUACAACCUCAAUAUAAUGUCUUAACUCCUAUACUCAGAGGUCUGAGCAAUAAAGGAUUUUGAACAUUGAAGGAAAAUACACCGUACACACUGGGAAGUAACCUAUAUGGUCUGUGUGUGGAACUGUCUGUGAAGGUUCAUCUGAAAUGUCCAAAUGCCAGCGCAGUGACAGUAGGGAGAGACGGUGGAAAUGUGGGGAUUGCGGGAAGGGAUUUCUAUACCCAUCCCAACUGGAAACUCACCAACACAGUCACAGUGGAGAGAAGCCAUUCACUUGCUCUCAUUGUGGGAAGGGAUUUAUUCGGUCAUCCCACCUGCUGGAACACCAGCGAAUUCACACUGGGGAGAGACCAUUCACCUGCUCCGAUUGUGGGAAGGGAUUUGCUCAGUCAUCUAGCCUGCUUAAACACCAGCGAGUUCACACUGGAGAGAAACCGUUCACCUGCUCUGAUUGUGGGAAGGGAUUCAAUCAGUCAUCCAACCUGCUGAAACACCAGCGAGUUCACACUGGGGAGAAACCAUUCACCUGCUCUGAAUGUGGGAAAGUAUUCACUCAGACAACUCACCUGCUGAUACACCAACGAAUUCACACUGGAGAGAGACCAUUGACCUGUUCUGUGUGUGGGAAAGGCUUUGCUGAUUCGAACUCCUUGCUGAUACACCAGCGAGUUCACUCUGGGGAGAGACCAUUCACCUGCUCGGAGUGUGGGAAGGGAUUCACUUGCUCAUCUAACCUACUGAGACACCAGAGCAUUCACACUGGGGAGAGACCAUUCACCUGCUCGGAGUGUGGGAAAGGAUUCACUUGCUCAUCUCACCUACUGAUACACCAACGAGUACACACUGGAGACAGACCAUUCACCUGUUCUGAGUGUGGGAAAGGAUUCAAUCGGUCAUCCUACCUGCUGACACACCAGCAAAUUCACAAAGAACCACAGUUGAAAGAUUUCGCUCUGACUCACAGUAAGGAAUGAACCAUGGUUUAGGGCUGUUUGUACUGAAGUUUUUAAUCCCUGCUGAAUUAAAGGUGCUGAUAUUGUCGAUUAAAUUUAAUAACAAAUGUGUGUAUCAGUAGGGUAGGUUUUGGAAAUGAUCACAUCAUCUCUGUACAUCAACGCAUUCACAUUGUCGAAAGACGGUCCACCUGCAUGGAGAAGGGAUUUCCUGAUUCAUCAGGACUGGUUAACCACCAAUGAAUUCCUAAAUGAUUAUAGGUGUUGCUUUUUUUAUACUACUGCUGUCAAUAUCCAAGCCAUGUUUUUUGGGCUUGCUUCUGGUAAUCAUAAUCAUAGAAUCCCUACAGUGUGGAAACAGGCCCUCUGAAGAGCAUCCUACCCAGACCUAUGCCCCUACCCUGUCCCAGUAACCCUGCAUUUCCCAUGGCUAAUCCACCUAAUUUACUUAUCUUUGGAUUCGGGGAGGAAACCCACAUAGACACGGGGAGAAUAUGAAAACUCCACACAGUCAGCCAAGGCUGGAAUUGAACACCGGUCCCUGGUACUGUGAGGCAGUAAUGCUAACCACUGUUCCACGUUAUGUUUGUACACACCAUAUGUCUGGCUACUUAUUUGGGAGAAAAAUGAUAUAAAUCAGCUUUUUGUUAAACACUACUGUGCAUCAAGUUUUUGUUUUAUCUCUAAAGCUGACUCAUUUAUUUUGAAGGGCUCGUCACCUCCCCUCCAAGUGCGAGGAACCUGUGAAGUUUAUUUGUCACUCAGAAUGAGACAAUCAGUGCAUUUUACAUGAGCAGUUGGCAGAUCAAUUGAGAGACAGCCCGUAAUGCUGGAAAUUUAGUGCAACAUUGGAAUUCUGUGCACCUGGGUGGAAGUUUAUCAUCAUCAUCUUGUUCCGGUUUGUUCAAGGUGGAUGGGAUUGCACCUGAAGUAGAGUGGGAGCGGCGUGCUUACUGAGAGGGUUACGAGUGCUGCUGGGAAGCAUGUAAAUUAACUUGGCAAGGGGCUGAGAUCCAGAGAGAAUGUUCAAAAGAUUAGGAUGAACAGUCAAAAUGAGAAGAAACAAGUGAGUUAGGAAGGUAUCAACAUUACAGGCCAGUGAAAAUACAAGGGAGUUUGUCAAGACUGACUGGCAUUUCUUUCAAUGUUACACGUCUGAUGAACAAAUUGAAAUAUUGGGGUAUGAAGACACAGCUGUCACUUAGACAUGGUUGGCAGCUCAAUGUUCCAGAAUACAAGGUCUUCAUGCAAGAGAGCAGAUAUGGCAAAAGAGGAGGAGAUGUCACAAUUUUGUUAAGGGAAUCUGUUAGAGCAAUAACGAGCGAUGACAUCUUAGAAAACCCCUUAAAUAAACCCAUAUGGGUAGAACUAGAAGAGCAGGUAAGGAGGCGAUUUCAGGGAAGUGUAUAAGUAAAACAGUUGUAACAGCAGGGGUUUUCAACUUCCUCUGUGGUCAUCAUAAUGUGAAGGGUUUGGAGUAAUUUUUAAAACAUAUUCCGGAUAGUUUUUUAAGUCAGCAUAUGGAAGUCCCAGGAAGGGAAUGGGAGGUCCUGGACUUUAAGUAACAAAGCCAGGCAAGUGGUUGAAGUGUCAGUCAGGGACCGUAUUGCAGACAGUUAUCAUAACUCAGUUAUAUUCAUGUUUGUCUGGAAAAGGACAAGGAUGUGCCAGAAAUCAAAGUUCUAAACUAGUCAAUUUUAAUAAGAUCAGAUAUGAUUUAACCAGAGUGUGCUGGGAGCUGAUACUUUCAAGUAAAUGUGCAAUAAGGAACUUAAAAGAGGAGAGCUACAAGAGAGACUGAAUGGAUACAGGCAGCUAAAAUAAAGGAAAAUACUCAAUUAUUUUGCACAUACAUUGGUGCUUAAAGAAUAACGAGGGAAAGAGUAAGGGUCCACAGCAGUAAUUUUUGUGUGGAGCCAGAGGAUAUAGGUAGGGUUCGAAAUGAAUACUUUGUGUCAGUGUUCACUAGUGAGAGAGAUGAUGUGGGUGUAAUUAUCAGGGAGAAGGUCUGUGAUAGAAUUAAAUAUAUUAGCCUGGAGAGGAAGGAGGUCUGAGUCGUCUGGCUGGGGAAAGUGCCAGAUGAGCAGCAGGAAGAAAUGAGUUAAGCAGAAGGGAUAUCAGUGCUGUAGAGGUUCAGGGGAACAGCAUGAAGGAUCAGGAUUAGAGGUGGGGACAGGAGGAAAGACACAUUCGUCAUUCACAGAAAACACAGAUCAAAAUGUUUCUCUGAUGAAGUGUUACUGGAAUCGAAUCUUUAACUCUGUUUUUCUUUCUAUAAGUGCUGCUAAACCUGCCGAGCUUCUUCAGUACUUUGUUUUUAGCCUUUGCACACUGUGUUGUUGCUCCCUCUUCACCACUCUUUUCCACUGCUGUUCUCCCUCUUUCCACACUUGACCUUUGUCAACCUUGGAGAUAGUAACUAAAUCUACCUUAAUAAACGCACCAAUCUCUGUUGCUGACUGAAUGAAGUUAAUCUGUCUGUAGAGUUAAUAGUGAAAGAAUUAAACACUUCUCCUGUAUGUUCUGUCAGUAAAUAUCAUCCCUGCUUACUUCAAUGAUGUUGUUUUUGAAACAGGAGGGAAGAGAAACUCAUGUAGAGUCACACAGCAUGGAAACAGACCCUUUGGUCCAACCAGUCCAUGCUGACCAUA